UAUAUAGGCCGGCACCCCGGCCGCUGCACGCAACAGUCACCGUUGAGCACGAGCGUCGCAAGUUUGGACAAAGUCCCGCCACCAGAGAUUCCUUUUUUUCCCGCCGGGUGCUUGUCACAUAAGGGGACCAUGGUCAUGUUGAAGAUCUCCGCUUUCCUCGUCGCCUACGCCCUGGUCAUUUGCCAGAUGUACUGCUCACAAGCCGCCCCCGCCAGACCGGGUUUGGAAUCCAUGUCGGACCGAGUGACGCUCACGGACUACGAGGCGCGGCGGUUACUCAACGCCAUCGUCAAGGAGUUCGUGCAGAUGACGGCGGAGGAGAUGGAGGCACAGGCGACCGAAGGGAACAGCGUUACAGCACAGAAGCGAGCCUGCAACACGGCCACCUGCGUCACCCACCGCCUGGCCGACUUCCUCAGCCGGUCGGGGGGGAUGGGCAACAGCAACUUCGUCCCCACCAACGUCGGCGCCAAGGCCUUCGGCAGGCGGAGGAGAAGCGUCGCCAUGUGAGCGCCCCCACCCCCCUUCCAAGCCAACGAGAAAAACGGUCGACACGGCAAGAAAACAUCAGGGCGGGGAGAAAGAGAAAAAAAAAUGAAGCGCAAAAUCAGCAGAGAAGUGGCCCUUUAAACGCUCACUCAACAGCAUUCUUACGUUAGAACAAAAAUAAUAAAAAACAGUUUUAAUUUUUCUGCCUUGGGCAAAGAGACAAAACAGAUAAUAAAAAAGAAGCACUUUAGUUUCUGUUCACACGUGACUUCCUUCCUUCAUUAAAAAAGAAAAAAAAAAAAAAAAAAAACUAAAGUGGUCACCUCCUCACAUUUUGCUCCUUUGGCCUGGUCAGAGCACAUCCAGUAACUCCGCCCCAUUUGUGGUCCUCCUCCAAUCGUGCACCUUCAUCACUCAACGCCAGCAGGACCACCCCCCCCCUCCCCCACCCACCAUUUAACAUCAGCCUCCCAAGGACCCCCCCCCCCCCCCCCCGCCCCCACCCCACAACGGCUGUUGUCUUGUGCCUUGAUGUAGAACAAUUGACACGAUUGUACAGUUCUGUGGAGAGGAGACGACGGAUAAAUGAUGAAUAUUGUGAACAACAUUGUGAAAAUAACAAAAGUUUCAGCAAGAUUAAAAUGUAUUUUAGAUACACUCGG